UUUCAAUCUUGAUGGAACUAUUCACUAGCUCAACACCAGGAAAAGACUUGGUUAACUGUCUCCACUAUGAAGUUCACAGGUGUAUUUGUGGUCCUCUUUCUGACUGUUUAUGUCUUCUCAGGUGUUCACAGCAGUGAAGGAAGUCUGGUUAAUUGUGAACGAUAUUUAAGAAUCUUUCGUGAUGAUGACAAAGAAGUCAUAGUCUGCCCACAUAUCUUUCGCCAAGUCUGUGGCACAAAUGGGAAAACAUAUGAAAAUGAAUGUAAAAUAUGUGCACAUAACCUGGAAUCUGGUGACAGUGUUGGCAAGAAGCAUAAUCGGAGAUGCAAGAAAGAACAGUGAGAAGAUUCUUACCAUUCAGCUUCUGAGACAAUCAUAAUUGCUUACUCAUAACCAAUGAAUCAUUUAAUCAGAAUAAAUGAUGGGAUCAAGCUGCCAUCUACAAAUGUAAUUCACCCACCAGACCCUUGCAAAUCAACUAUGAAAAUACCAUCCCGUUUUUCUUUAAGCCAGUUCUUAAGUAGGUGAUCAACUUGUGUGCAGACUGUACUAAUGUACACUGGAAAGGGCAUGUUAGGAAGAAGGGCCCUUCCACCCUGAUCUUUGGUUUUCUAUGUGCAGAAGAAUGUUUGUAUGGAUGAGCAUUGCACCAGAAUUCUGAAAUGUGGCCACUCAAACACAUUUACCAGCUAGGCUUUACUUUUCUUUAGAAGAUCAUGUGUAAGAAUUCAUGAUCACUUGAUAUGCCAUAAUAAUAGAAGUUUGAAUCAUUUUUUUUACUUGUCAGUGCUCUUCUGACUUCAUAAGGCACCCUG